CUCCGUGCUCGCUACUGUAUAUGAUUGAAGAGACAAAAGAUCACUGUCUCUCACUCUCGGCCUCAGACUUACAUACUACCUCAACAUGCAAACCACCACCGCUGUAACUACGUUACCAAACGCCCGAUCGUCAGGGCCCGGAUCGGACCAAGAUGGUACAGACGGAAACAGUAUCUGUGAUCCGCUCAGAACAUAUCCUGCAUGUGACCGAUGCUUCUCAAGAAAGAUCAAGUGCGAUAAAAGAGCACCAUGUCAGAACUGUAUUCGGAGCAGACUGCAUUGUCUUCACACAAGAUCCGUCAUUCCAGGCCGACGGCGCAGAAAGUCCAAAGCACAGAGCAAAACACACCUCACUAGCCCUGACCAAAAUAUUCCUCCGGAUCUAACCAGUCCCAGCAGUAGCCGAUUUCAAGAAGCUGAAGCCUCGGAAAAAGAAGCCAGAACAACUCCCGUCUCGCGCCCGAAUGUCCAAAAUGACCAAAUCACGGGCGCAUCACCAUUGGAUGCCUUGGAAUCCCCUAAGCCAUCGAAUAUAUUUUCAGCGGCCAAUUUUGAGGCCCAAAAAACCCUCCAUGAAAUCCUCUGCACAUCUUUGCAUCUUAGCGAAGAUUCCUGGAAUGCUAUACGAUCUGCGCUUGCAAUAGUCAACAACAUAUUGCCUGUGAGUACAGCUGAGGGUACUACAACUUCAGCACUUGUACAAGCAGAUACAGAUGGUCUGACCAAUGACAACUACCGAUGUCUGGCAUCUGCAGAACUUCUUCAAGAGAUAUUCCAGAGAGAAGAGAACUCGGCUGUUUUGUUUCGUUAUUGUCCUAUGUUUACAAGGGAGAUGUUCGUCGAGAUGACUAUGGAUCUGCUCGGAGAUGGUCCGGGAAACAAAGACCCGCGGAAGAUAGUCUGCGUUCAUAGUAUUCUUGGCUCAUAUAUCCUUGAGCGUUCUUUCCAAACUGGAAGUAGUACUGGUCUUCAAACAUGUUUGAAGCAGAGGGGAAAGGAUUAUUAUCGAGUGGUUGAUUUUGGAAUUAGAGGGCUCCAACUACUUAGUGCUCCAAGCCUGUUGUCUAUCAAUGCGUUGCUCGUCGGAACUGUUCGUUUAUUGGAGCUUGGAGAGCAUUCGGCAGGCUCGAACCUCAUAGGAGCAGCUUGCCACAUGUGUCGGGCACUGGGGUUAAACUCUCGGCUCUAUAACACCACCCCAGAAGAUGACCAGGUGCGCUGGAUAUUCCAGUUCUGUUAUAGUGUUGACCAGGGAAUGGCUAUGUUGCUUGGACGAUCUCCUAGCUUUCACGAUAGCGAAAUAGACGAGCGCAUCUUCCUACGGAGAGCAUACGAGCUCGGCGGCGACUUGCAAAUGGAUUUCAACUAUUUCAUGGUGGAUGUAGCAAGACUUCAAAGUGGUAUUAGCUCAGAGUUGCGAUCUCCAAGGAGCCAGACAUGCACACCAGCGACCCGGCAUAAGGCUUUGCUAGUUCUUAAGCAACAAAGUGAUAGUCUCUACAAAACAUUAUCUCAACUGAAAGCUACAGCAACUGCUUCAAAGCGCAUCGAUUACGACUCCCAAGUCAUCCUCGCUGAAUUUAGUUUACAUAGCAUCAUCUGUAUUAUGUACCGCUCCGAACCCAUACCUCCUGGAGGUGCUUUCAGUAACGAAAAUUGUCUUCGGGCAGCUCGCAAUGCGCUUUCUUUGAUCCCAACGAUCAGUACCACUGUUGCAAAAUGGCACGGUCCUAUUUCGGGCGCUUAUUGGUCGGUUCUCAACUAUCCUUUUACGGCAUUCUUCGUCCUCUUCUGCAAUGCCAUGCUCACAUCCUCUACUGGAGAUCUCCCUCUCAUGACGACAAUGCUGUCUUAUCUGAAGGAAGUGCAAGAGUCGAACCCUGUAGCUAAAAGGUUGUUCCAUUUGUUCAACACAUUCUGCGAGCUAGCUUCAACAAUUGUGACGGCUUCGAGCGCACAGCUGGCUUCGUACCAACAGCACACUCAUCAAUUGGGUGCAAGCGAAGUUCCAGAGGAGUGGACACAGGAACAGAUGGAUAUUUGGUUGGAGCUGAUCAACUUUGAUACUACGACACAAAUAUAUCUAGACGGCGGAUUCUGAACCUGUUUUGGUAGAACGGGUCCAGGGACCAAGCGAGUCAGGUCUACUUCUACUUAGUUCAAUGACAAUGGAACGCAAUCAACAGUAGCGGAACGCAUUCGUCUCAAGAGGUUUGAUGGGCUUGUUUGGUUGGAUACGGAAGAGUGACCUAGAUGAUGUCUGGGUUACAAGAUGAUGGCC